CCUGUCCUCACUCAGCCGCCGAGCUGCAGCCUCCUCUCAUUGCUGGAUCAGGAGGAGAUGGAGGCAGCGCCGAGCUCGGGGAGCGCUCAGUCCCGCAGCACCGCGCCGUGCUCUGCCGUCAUCCCCAGAGCCCCGCUGGCUUAAUUUCAAGGCAGAAGAUGAAGACUUAUAUGCAUCAAAUGAUGACAGAGGAUAUCUAGGAUCUUAAUUGACCUGUACAUUCAUUGUACUUCUAUUCUAAACACAAAAUAUUGCUGCUGAAUCAUAGUCAAUUCAAGAACAACCCAUCACCAGUUAAUAACAUGGAAGAAGCGUAAGGGACAUUUGCCUAUGCUGAGUUGAUCGGUGACUCUCUAGAAGUUCUGUUCCUGGAGAAUAAUGCACUGCUUGCUGUGAUCAGACUGGGCAAAUUAUGACAUCAACAUCAAAAGGAAUCUUCCGACCAUUUUUAUUUAUCAGCAUUGUGUUGAUCUGUUUUAUGGUAUGUUUACUGAUAUAUGUGAAACCCACAAACAACUGGAUCUCUGGUCCCAUUGAAUCAGCUAAUUCCGUCCUUAAAAUGAAAAGCUUUUUUUCAUCUAAAAGGGAUUAUUACAAUGAUACCAUCAUACUUAUUUGGGUUUGGCCUUUUGGACAGACCUUCGAACUCAAAUCCUGCCAGGCUCUAUUUAACAUUCAUGGAUGCCAUUUAACUACUGACCGUGCACUGUACAACAAAUCUCACGCUGUCUUAAUACACCACAGAGACAUCAGCUGGGAUCUGACAAACCUACCACAACAAACGAGGCCACCCUUCCAGAAAUGGAUCUGGAUGAACUUAGAAUCACCAACUCAUACACCACAAAAAAGUGGAAUUGAGCAUUUAUUCAACCUGACAUUGACUUACAGACGUGAUUCGGACAUUCAAGUGCCUUAUGGCUUCAUGGUCGUAAGCACAAAACCUUUUGAGUUUGAAGUGCCAAGCAAAGAUAAGCUGGUCUGUUGGGUUGUUAGUAACUGGAAUCCAGAGCAUGCUAGAGUAAAAUAUUAUAACGAACUCAACAAAUACCUUGAAAUUCUAAUAUAUGGUCAAGCAUUUGGAGAAUACUUAAACGACAAAAGCCUGAUCCCUACCAUCUCAACAUGUAAAUUUUACCUUUCCUUUGAAAAUUCAAUUCACAAAGAUUACAUUACAGAAAAACUGUACAAUGCAUUAUUGGCUGGAUCUGUGCCUGUUGUCCUCGGCCCUCCAAGAGAAAAUUAUGAGAAUUAUAUACCAGCAGAUUCCUUUAUUCACGUGGAAGAUUUUCUCUCUCCAAGAGAGUUGGCAGACCAUCUUUUAAUGCUAAACAAAGACACAGAGCGCUAUCUUAGCUACUUUAACUGGAGGCGGCACUUCACGGUGAAUUUGUCGCAUUUCUGGGAAUCACACGCGUGCCUAGCAUGUGACCACGUAAAAAGACAUCAGGAAUACAAAUCCGUCAGUAAUCUGGAGAAAUGGUUCUGGAAUUAAAUCUUCAUUUUGUUUCCUUGAGCACAUUAAAAACAGUUACCCACUCUAAGAUACACGCGUAGUGUUUCGUCUCACAGUUUACUGCUCUGUUGAAUGCAUUAUUUAACAUAACUUUGUCAGACCUAAAAUUCUGUUUUCAGUAUCAAAAAAAGCUUUCAUUUCAUGACAUUCAACAUGUGUGCACAUGGAAAGAUAUUCUACAAAUGAAUUCAAUUUUUCAUGGAUACAUUUUGCUUAUAAUGUUUACAUUCUGAGUGUUUCUGUACCCAGCAUUUUGUACUCACCAUCUGGUCGGCAUAACUACAAACAAUUAUGAUAUCACAUACAGUAAUUUAAUGUUUUUUUUGUUGUUGUUUUGUUUUUGUAAUUUAUGUAAGAACAUUGCUUAAUGUAGAUGUUGCAUCACAAGGGUGAGAAAUAAGAGAAACUUUCAAUCCUGAUCAGGUUCUUAGAUCAAUUUGACAAUUUCAAAGAAUGAAUGAAUAUUAAUGGGAAGGACUACUAAACCUGAAAAACUUAAGCCAUCUUCUCGCCCUAAAAACAUCUCACAAUGUGUUUUCACUUUUAGAAGUCUCACUGCUUCGAUCAUAUUGAUCAAACAUCGAUUUUUAUUAGUCUUGCUUGUGUCUGUGUAUUAAACCAUAUUUGUUUUAUUUGUGAUUUAAAGAAUGAUUGGAUGAUCUUUAUUUUUAUUAUAAAGACUUAAUAGCAGCCAUGUAAUCCUUGUGUUAAUUCAAAAGUGGAAUUUUCAACAACAUUUUGUUAAUAAUUUUAAAAGAAUUUAUAUCACCUGAAAAUUGCAAAUCUAUAGUCGAUAUAUAUAUAGAGCUCUUGUUAUGGGUAGAUUAAAGUCAACCUAAAGGCACAUAUUUCCUAUGUGAUUACAACGUAACAGGCCUCUUGUUUCUAUAUCGUAUGAAGUGAGCUAGAUAAUGUAUAAAACACUGCAGCUGCCGAAAGGGUAUUUAGUAAUAAUACAGCAAAGGAAUGGACAAGCAAGUUUUGCGUGGGGUCCUCAAUUUACUGAGGCACCAAAAUUAUUAUUAUUUUUUUUUUUUAUGGUUAGAUUGAAUUAUUCAGGCUGUUACUAGGAUGAGCAAUUUAAAAAAUGGAGUAUAUUUUUAUAUAUUUUUCAGGUGUCAGAGUUAGUUCAGACCAUUACAUUAAAAAAUAAAUCUAUAAUAUUAAAGUCACUAAACAGCAAAUCUUGGUGACGUGAAAAACUACUUGAAAAGUUACCGGGGCUCUUUGGCCCCACUUCA